UUUAAUCGAACAUUCUUGUGCCUACUUCACGAUGUAUGUUAUCAGUCGGAUACUUUCCAAAGGGGCGAAAUUUCUCACGUCAAAAUCUAAGAAUCAGCGAAAGCACAUUAAUUAGGUCUCGCCCCAUUUCUAUAAUUCAUAACAUUACAAUGAUUCGCUUCAUCCUUAUCCAGAACAGAGCAGGAAAGACAAGAUUAGCUAAAUGGUACAUGAACUUUGAUGAUGAUGAAAAACAGAAAUUAAUUGAAGAAGUACAUGCUGUUGUGACUGUGAGAGAUGCUAAACACACAAACUUUGUUGAGUUCCGGAACUUCAAAAUUGUGUAUAGGCGUUAUGCAGGACUUUACUUUUGUAUAUGCGUAGAUGUUAAUGACAAUAAUUUAUGUUAUUUGGAAGGGAUACAUAAUUUUGUUGAAGUGCUAAAUGAAUACUUCCACAAUGUAUGUGAAUUAGAUCUUGUGUUUAAUUUUUUUAAGGUGUAUACUGUAGUAGAUGAGAUGUUCUUGGCUGGUGAAAUCAGAGAAACGAGUCAAACCAAAGUCUUGAAGCAGUUAUUGAUGUUGAAUUCAUUAGAGUAAAUGUAUAAAUAUUACAUAAUGUUGGAAUCAUUGGUCAUAUAAGGUGACAUUACCUAACUCAUUCCAUGGAUCUGUCAAAGCGAUACAAAAGUAUUUAUUUAAUAUUACAAGUCAGAAUUAACAAUAUCGUGUUAAAUUUAUUAUGAUACAUUAUAGUAUCAAUGUGGUAUCAUGAGAUAUCUGUGAAUACAUAAAUUAAU